AUUACAUUCAUCAUCGCAAACCCUCGCUUGAUCAACCCUCCGCCAGAUUUGCCGCCCGGCUUUCCUUGUCAGCAUGCUUCUAUUAUGUCUACAAAAUUCCCUGACAUACAGAGCGGGGGGUCCUUGAUCCUAGCAUGGCAGAUUAAAGGCAAGGAAGUACUGGUUGUAGGAGGCGGCGAAGUGGCGGCUGGCCGCAUAGUCAAUCUCCUCAAUGCCGAUGCCAAAGUAACCGUCGUUUGUCCUCGCGAAGGUCUGAAUGAAGAGGUGGCAUAUCGAGUAUAUCAUGGCCAGGUCAAGCACGUGGACCGCAUCUUUCUACCCUUGGACCUUGAACCGGAGAAGAAUGUGGCCAUGGUUUUGACUGCCAUCGACGACCCGGAUGCAUCUACACGAAUAUGGAAAUACUGCAAGAAACUGAAGGUUCCAGCCAACAUUGCCGAUGUGCCUCCCGAAUGUGAUUUCUACUUUGGGAGCGUCCACCGUGAUGGACCCCUCCAGAUUAUGGUGUCGACCAACGGCAAUGGACCUAGAAUGGCUGCAGCCAUACGGCGACAGAUUGGCGAGAUGCUUCCGAAAGGCACUGGCGACAGCAUCCAGAAAGUGGGACAAGUCAGAAGGAAACUACGCAAGAUUGCACCGGGAAAGAGCACACGCGACAUCAGCAAAAGAAUGGGAUGGAUGAGUGAAGUAUGCGACAAAUGGUCGACUGAAGAAUUCAAUAAUAUUGACGAUGCGGACAUGGACGAUCUGGUACAAUACUACGAGUCAGGAGUAGUCCCAAGUUUUGAAGAGAUACGUCUUGGACAUCGUGGGGAUGUUGUAUGGGAGUUUGAUGGUUCUUUUGGAUGGAUGUGACACCAUCACAUGGCUGGCUUAUGUAUCGGAGGAUUCGGCAUAUUGGAUAGAGCAAGGCGUUCUGUAAUAUCUCCUGUACUAUCUUUCUUCGCAGCCCUCAACACCGAAGGCUAAGAAUCAAAUCCACUGAUCAGAGUUGAGCCAAGUCGGAACACAGGCACUGCUGCAACUGCAUAGGGCAUUUU